AUGGAGGCUUCAAGUAACACUCACCACACUCACCUCAACAUGGAGGCUUCAAGUAACACUCACCUCAACAUGGAGGCUUCAAGUAACACUCACCUCAACAUGGAGGCUUCAAGUAACACUCACCUCAACAUGGAGGCUUCAAGUAACACUCACCUCAACAUGGAGGCUUCAAGUAACACUCACCUCAACAUGGAGGCUUCAAGUAACACUCACCUCAACAUGGAGGCUUCAAGUAACACUCACCUCAACAUGGAGGCUUCAAGUAACACUCACCUCAACAUGGAGGCUUCAAGUAACACUCACCUCAACAUGGAGGCUUCAAGUAACACUCACCUCAACAUGGAGGCUUCAAGUAACACUCACCUCAACAUGGAGGCUUCAAGUAACACUCACCUCAACAUGGAGGCUUCAAGUAACACUCACCUCAACAUGGAGGCUUCAAGUAACACUCACCUCAACAUGGAGGCUUCAAGUAACACUCCUCAACAUGGAGGCUUCAAGUAA